AUGGCAGGUUACUUCCAGAUUAUGGAAUACGUAAGCAGUUGGGAGGUUCCGACUGGGAGGAAGACCCGGGGCAAGUAUCCGGAAAGCUGCAGAAAGCGAUCACACGGAGAUGUCAAGCGCGCCAUGGACAUGUGCAACGCGCUCAAGGAAGCACACCUAUGUUUCAGGGGCCGUCACUUCCACGUGUGCUACAAGCAUGUCAAGAACCUGCAGGCUGUUGUCGACGGGUGUAUGGACCACAUGUGCUCGUGCCACCGGAACAGCCUUUGCUACUGCGAUGCUUUUGCAUCUUUCAAGCUGGCCUGCGAGAGGCAUAACGUCACCUUUAAUAAGAUGGCCGGAGGGGAGUGCGAACGUCAGUGUCCCCAGGGAAUGACAUUUGACGCCUGUGGCCCGGCGCGUGUAAAGAGGUGUCAUCCAUACUCCUUCGAAGUCAUGGACACAUGCAUGCCCGGCUGCUACUGUCCGUCUGAGAAACUGUGGGAAAACGGAAAAUGCGUCGAAAAGAAGAAGUACUGUGCCGCGUACGAAACGUUUCUGAGGGCAAUGGGGUCAUCAAAAAAAGUGUAG